AUGACGUAUGCACCUCCCUCGUCCAAUAAAGAUAGCCGCCUGUCCAUGUAGCUACCGGGAAAUGCUAAGCUAACCAAACGAUAGAGAGAAAGAUUGUCUUGAAGAUCGGUACAUCACUGCGACUGACAGAGGUCCAAAAUGACGUACAGGAGAGAGCGGAACAUACGAGACGUGUACGAUGAGCGCUUUUUAACAGAGAGACCGGGCGCGUACCUACGUCCUGCUGGGGCGACGGAGAGGAGGGUCCCCUUUGGCAGGCCGGAGGAAGAUUAUGGCCGCGGCGGGUACGAAUACGAAGCAGGACCACGCUACUUCCCGAACGAAGGAGCGCCACGAAAUUAUCAUGAAGAUCAGAGGGCCUACCACGGCGACAACAUCCACUUCCCUGCAGAGCGGAGAGCUGUUCCGCCUGCAAGGAGGGAGGAGUAUCCUUACAGAGUUCCCAGGGAAGAGCCCCUCCCAGGAAGGCCUCUGGAGUUUGGCGCCCGUGCACCACAACCUCACAGCGCACGAAGCCAAGGCCUCUACCCGGCCCCCCGGUCGCUGCCCGAGAGCGGAGAGGACACGCUGGUGCAGGCCAUCCUCAACCUAGACAGAGGGUACGAGGAGGACAGAGACCUCUUCAGGAGGAAGGCCGCCCCGUUCCCCCCCCCCAGAGAGCGCUCCCCGGUGCGCCGCGAGGUGGCCCGCUCUCCCCACAGCCGCUCGGGCUCCAGCGUCAGCAGCAGAGGAUACUCCCCGGACCGAGCCAAGAGCCUGCAGUUCCCCUCACAGCAAGGCAAGAGUGUGGACGUUCCAGAGGGUCAUGCAGGUCUAUCUGAUCCCCUCUGGGGGGCGCUCUAUCCUCAACAGAUUGGACAUGAAACUUUGGACAAAAUCCCUGGCCUGUCGAGAGAAGGCUCCCCAGUCAGCGCAAUAUCAUUCAAGGAGGAUAACCACGCCCCAGAAGGAGACAAAGAAGAGCCGCUGGUGACUCCCGUCGUGGAGGAAUGCCAAAAGCUGUCGCCGGACAACUUCCAGGAGCGACGAGCAAGGGCCAUCUCAGCCAAAGCUCAGGAGAUAGAGAAGGUGUACCGGCAGGACUGCGAGACAUUCGGCAUGGUGGUGAAGAUGCUGGUGGCUAAAGACGCCAACCUGGAGAAGCAGCUGCAGGUUCCCCUGAGGGAGAACCUCGGGGAGAUCCGCGAGCGAUGCCUGGAGGAUCUCAAACACUUCAUCAACGAGCUGGACGAGGUGGUCCGGCAGCCAGAAGCCUCCGUGUGCGACUCCACCACCCCAUCAACGGGUCAUAAACUCAUAAAGGCAGCAGCCAAUCACAGCUCGUCUUACUGACACAUCGGCUCCAUGAGAGAAUGAACAUGAUGGUUACUCGGAUAUAUUUUGGAAUUGCUGGACCUGAAUUGACUUCCCUCAGCAACUUGAACACGGGACAGCAUGCAUGUGUGGAUGAACAGUGUUAAUUUUGAACAGACCAUUUUUUUUACUUCACGGUCUCUGUUGAAAGAUGUUAACUAUUAAAUAUGAUUAAAAACUGUUUUCUGUCAUGUUGGGUGAAAUAAAUCACUUUCUUUAUAAAAGUCACAUCACAGUGGUAAUGGUUAACAUGGGUUUUGUUAUUAAACCUGUUUUGAUGAAAAUAUGUUGUUGGGAAUACAAAGACUUGUUGUGGCAGUGAGAUGUAUGACUUGGUGCUACUUCAUUUACAGUUCUACAUCAUUGUAUACAUUUGUACUGUCUAGAGAAAUGCCAGUUUGGUUGCGUUUUCAUUGUCGUCUCAUUUUGCCUUUUUCUAUUCUCUCUUCCUCCCAGAAGAACCCGCACAAGGCUUCAUUAUUCUUGAUGACGUUGAGACCAGUGUUUGCACAAACUGAGGUUUCUCUAAAGAUUGCAGUAAACAUGAUUCCUGUUAA